CUGAAAAUGAUGGUGCGGCAAAUAUUCGCAGGAAUUGACACAGGCAAAAACAUAAUGGCUGGCGUUGCUGAAAAGGCCUUGAAGUUGAUCCGAAAUUUGCCUCGGGUCACCAUCGGCAACAUUAAAGGAUUGCCGGGUUCCAAUGUGAAGAAAGAUAGACGACGAUCCUUUAAGAAAGGUCGCACUCAUGGUCGAGGUCACAAGGGUCAGGGUCAAAGGAACACAAUGCCAAGACUCGGGUUUGAGGGCGGACAGACACCGUUCUACCUCAUCAUACCCAAGGAGCCGUAUUACAGAGGACACCAUUUGCGGCGAGAGUACCCUCCCUUGUCCAUGCUGCAGCUUCAGCGAAUGAUUGACCUUGGCCGCCUCGACGCAGAUGAACCCAUUGACCUGAGUGCUAUCUGCAACUCGAGACUCUACAAGAUCGAUGUCCUCAAGAGACAAUUCGGAGUCAACCUCACUGAAGAGGGUGUUGACCUGUUUUCGGCUAAAGUCAACCUUGAAGUUCAGUGGGCGAGUGAAGCCGUGAUAGCCGCUGUGGAGCGCAACGGGGGCGUCAUCACGACACGCUACUUCGACCCCGCAUCCCUGUUUGCUGUCAUGAACCCCCUGCAGUUCUUCCAGAAAGGUGUUCCAAUCCCACGCUGCAAGUUCCCUCCGGCAGAUGCCAUUCAGUUCUACACAGACCCGAAAUCACGUGGCUAUCUCGCCAACCCAGAACAAGUGGAGAAAGCGAGGUUCGAACUCUCCCAGAAAUACGGCUACACGUUGCCAGACAUCAUUGCGGACCCACACAGAGAGAUGUUGAUGAUGAGGAAAGACCCGCGACAGAUAUUUUAUGGCUUGGCCCCUGGCUGGGUUGUCAACCUGAAAGAUAAGGUGGUGCUCAAACCCAAGAGUAAAGAAUAUCUAGAGUAUUAUGCGUCAUGAUACUCACUCUGAGUCGAGUAGUGUAACCCUCAAUGUGCUAGUUGGAUGCUAACAGACAUAACAAAUUAACAAAUCUUAGUUUUAAUAGAAGUUCUCAGUGGGUGAUAUCUUCUUGUGUGUUGUAAUAUUAAGGUAGUAUACAACAUCUUAUUUCUAAAUGGAUCUGGAAGAUAUCGGUAUUCUCAGUGGGUGAUAUUUUGAUUGUUACACAUGCUGAGAGUGACUAUAAUAUUUUCUCAUUUGACUAUACUAUUGUGUGGGUAACCAUGUUUGCUGGAUGACAUCAGAGUUUAUUAGUAAUGUCUGAAACUUCCUUACUUGUGAAACCAUGGUAAUAAAUGUCUUAACUUCA